UUGUUUCUGCUCAUAAACAUCACAUCCUUGCUCAGCGCCGAACUCUCUUACUUAAUCUCCCUCUCAUCCCUCACAGAGCAGUCACCGAUGAGGAAGCUCAAGUACCAUGAGAAGAAGAUUCUGAAGAAAACAAACUUCUUGGAAUGGAAAAGAGAAGGUGGACAUCGAGAGAUCCUCAUCACGAGUCGUUUCCACAUGGGUGGUCGUGAUGAUUACAAAAAAUAUUCAGGGUUGUGUAGGAUGGUGCAGAAGCUGACUAAUGUAAUGAAACAGAUGGAUCCUACUGAUCCUUUUCGGAUUCAGAUGACUGAUACGCUCCUUGAGAAACUAUACAACAUGGGCGUUAUACCGACUAGGAAAAGCUUGGCUUUAACUGAUAAGCUCUCAGUUUCGUCCUUCUGCAGGCGUAGGCUAUCGACAGUUCUGGUUCACCUGAAGUUCGUAGAGCACUUGUCAGAAGCAGUGACGUAUAUAGAGCAAGGACACAUCCGCGUUGGACCAGACACAAUCACCGAUCCAGCUUUCUUGGUAACUAGGAACAUGGAAGAUUUCAUCACUUGGGUUGAUUCUUCCAAGAUUAGACGCAAGGUUCUUCAGUACAAUGACAAAUUGGAUGACUAUGACAUGCUUACCUAAAUCUUUUGGGAGGAGAUUAAACAAAAACUGUUUUAUUUUUAUUCUUGUUUUGUAAAAGCCAAGAGAAAGGAUCAGUACUUUUAUUUAUGCAAGGUUUGGAUUUACGAUUGGUAUCUUAACGUUCUGCCAAGUCAAAAACCUCUCUGCUGAAUGUCAAUGCUGUUGAAGCA